AUGCAAUCCGUAAUAACCGAGGGUAGCGCAUCUCUCUAUUCCCCUUUCCCGCCGCCCAAUUCGCCUUUCCCGCCGCCCGAAUCCCCAUUCCCGCCGCCCGAUUCCCCUUCUCGCCGCCCGAUUCCCCUUCCCUCCGCCCGAUUCCCCAUUCCCUUCCCUCCCUUCCCUCCCUUCUCUCCGUUCUCUCCCUUCUCUCCCUUCCCUCCCUUCUCUCUCUUCCCUCCCUUCCCUCCCUUCCCGCCCUUCUCUCCUUCAAUCCCUUCUCUCCCUUCCCGCCCUUCUCUCCCUUCCAUCCCUUCUCUCCCUUCUCUCACUUCUCUCCCUUCCCUCCCUUCCCGCCCUUCCCUCACUUCCCUCCCUUCCCGCCCUUCUCUCCCUUCCAUCCCUUCUCUCCCUUCCCGCCCUUCUCUCCCUUCCAUCCCUUCUCUCCCUUCCCUCCCUUCUCUCCCUUCCAUCCCAAAAAUCCCUCCUCUCCCUUCCUCCCUUCCCUCCCUUCCAUCCCUUCCCUCCCUUCUCUCCCUUCUCUCCCUUCUCUCCCUUCUCUCCCUUCCCUCCCUUCCAUCCCUUCCCUCCCUUCUCUCCCUUCUCUCCCUUCUCUCCCUUCUCUCCCUUCCCUCCCUUCCCUCCCUUCUCUCCGUUCUCUCCCUUUUUCUCCCUUCUCUCUCUUCCCUCCCUUCUCUCCCUUCUCUCCCUUCUCUUCCUUCUCUCCCUUCCCUCCCUUCCCUCCCUUCCCUCCCUUCCCUCCCUUCUCGCCCUUCUCUGUCUUCCAUCCCUUCUCUCCCUUCCCGCCCUUCUCUCCCUUCCAUCCCUUCUCUCCCUUCCCUCCCUUCUCUCCCUUCCAUCCCUUCUCUCCCUCUCUCCCUUCCCUCCCUUUCCUCCCUUCUCUCCCUUCCAUCCCUUCUCUCCCUUCCCUCCCUUCCCUCCCUUCUCUCUCUUCCCUCCCUUCUCUCCCUUCUCUCCCUUCUCUCCCUUCCCUCCCUUCCCUCCCUUCCCUCCACACUUCCCUCCCUUCCUGCCCUUCUCUCCCUUCCAUCCCUUCUCUCCCUUCCCGCCCUUCUCUCCCUUCCAUCCCUUCUCUCCCUUCCCUCCCUUCUCUCCCUUCCAUCCCAAAAAUCCCUCCUCUCCCUUCCCUCCCUUCCCUCCCUUCGAUCCCUUCCCUCCCUUCUCUCCCUUCUCUCCCUUCUCUCCCUUCUCUCCCUUCCCUCCCUUCCCUCCCUUCUCUCCGUUCCUCCCUUCUCUCCCUUCUCUCCUUCUCUCCCUUCUCUCCCUUCCCUCCCUUCCCUCCCUUCCCUCCCUUCCCUCCCUUCUCUCCGUUCUCUCCCUUCUCUCCCUUCUCUCCCUUCUCUCCCUUCCUCCCUCUCCCUUCCCUCCCUUCCCUCCCUUCCCUCCUUUCCCUCCCUUCUCGCCCUUCUCUCCCUUCCAUCCCUUCUCUCCCUUCCCUCCCUUCUCUCCCUUCCAUCCCUUCUCUCCCUUCCCGCCCGUCUCUCCCUUCCAUCCCUUCUCUCCCUUCCCUCCCUUCUCUCCCUUCCAUCCCUUCUCUCCCUUCUCUCUCUCCCUUCUCUCCCUUCUCUCCCUUCUCUCCCUUCCAUCCCUUCUCUCCCUUCCCUCCCUUCCCUCCCUUCUCUCUCUUCCCUCCCUUCCCUCCCUUCCCGCCCUUCUCUCCCUUCAAUUCCUUCUCUCCCUUCCCGCCCUUCUCUCCCUUCAAUCCCUUCCCUCCCUUCUCGCCCUUCUCUCCCUUCCAUCCCUUCUCUCCCUUCCUGCCCUUCUCUCCCUUCCAUCCCUUCUCUCCCUCCCUUCCCUCCCUUCUCUCCCUUCCCUCCCUUCUCUCCCUUCUCUCCCUUCCCUCCCUUUCCUCCCUUCUCUCCCUUCCAUCCCUUCUCUCCCUUCCCUCCCUUUCCUCCCUUCUCUCUCUUCCCUCCCUUCCCUCCCUUCCCGCCCUUCUCUCCCUUCAAUCCCUUCUCUCCCUUCCCGCCCUUCUCUCCCUUCCAUCCCUUUUCUCCCUUCCCUCCCUUCUCUCCCUUCCCUCCCUUCUCUCCCUUCUCUCCCUUCCCUCCCUUUCCUCCCUUCUUUCUGUUCCUCUCCCAGCUCCCUUCUCCCAUCGUUGUCGCCCACUGUACUCAUUCCAUGUCCUCACCUGCCUUCAUUCUUUCUCCCCUUCUUUCCCCUCCUUCUCCCCUCCUUUGUCACUGGCCACGCUUUGUCCUGCUUGUAGCUGCAGCUGUCCCCUCUCCUUCCUCCAAAUCACCUCGUCCCUCUCCGUCGCACUCUUCCAGCCAUUCUCAGUCUCGUAAUCCUCACCGCCAUCCCUCCCUUCCUGCUUCCUGUAAUCAACCCCCCCUUCUGCCCUCUUGUUUCCGUGCAUGUGCUGCCAUCACUUUGUCACCAUACAUGCCUUUUUACUCAUGUUUACUCGCUUGUACUCCCUCUGACCCCUCCCGCCCUUCCUAUCUCCCCACACUUACUACCCAUCUCACUCACCUUCCUAUCUUCCCAUCUCACCUCCCUGCGUUCCUAUCACACCUCCUUGUAUUACGUGCCAAGGGUUUGGGGGCCCCAUUUACCGCUGCGAAACCAGGUGUCAGACAACCUGUAUGCAUAUGCAAAGCUGCCGGUUUUGCAUGCAAGUCAGCACCAUAUGAGUGUGCCAAUUCCCUCUGCUCUAGUGAGCUUGUCUAG